UGUUUUUGCUCUUGUGUCCAAUCAAAGCGCCGCACUUUGACCCCACCCCCCCACCCUUUGUUCUUUUGGAAAUAAGGCAUUUGUUGUAUAAAUGUCUUUUUCUUGCAACCAAUCUCUCGAUGGCAGUUUUCCUCCGUCCCCAGCGGAGGGUAGGAGCUCCCAGAGGCUGUCCUGGAGCAACCUGCUGCAGAAGCUGGCUGAGCUGAAGGGGCUCAAUCAGAGGGCCUCAGCAGAUCAGUACUGCAGGAGUGAAACCGGAUCUGUGGCGGACCUAUCCCUGUCGGAGUCCGACAGUAGCUUCUUCUGUUACCCCCUCGAGGAGACCUUGGCUGCAGAGGUGGUGGGCACAAUCACACAAAGCCUUAACAACGGGUCACCCGUCCUGUGCUGCUCCAAACUCAUCCUACCUGACCGUCUAAUGUACAACAUCAGCCGAGAGCUGCUCCAUCUGGCCGUCAACGAGCCCUGCGGACUGAGGGGGGCCGUGAUCGACCUGUGCGUGGAAAGGGGGGAUCAGGGGCUGUUGUGCACCGUGGAUCAAAUAGCAGUAGACGCCGGCCUGGUCCCGACCUUCCACGUGACCCUGGUUCUGAGGCUCGAGUCCGGAGGACUGUGGCGCAGGGUGCAGAAGCUCUUCAAAGGCGGAAAGCCUCCGUCUGCAACGUCUCCGAGGCACCACAAAACCCUGAGGCUGAGCAGGAGUUUCAGGGCCAUCAAGAGGAAACUGUACAGCUCAGGAGCGCUGCUGGUGGAAGAAUGCUGCUAAGCCAAGAGCCCCAAUGUGCCUUUCUAGACACACUGAACUGUUUUUAAUCAACUUUUGCUGCAGAUUCACCUAAAAAACAAACAAAAAAAAAACUUUAAUUGCACUGACAUCAAGGUCCUAAAACAGUUGUAAUAUGUGGUAAAUCGAAGGCCCAAACUAUCUCAUGGCAGCUACUCACCUGAUUGCAGGUGUCUGAACACCAGUCCUUUUUCUUUUAUAUGAAUCCACAUUCAUAUAAUUCAUAUAAUUUCCACUUUUUAAAGGGAAUGUAUGUACUACUAGUAUUACAUAUUACCUGCCUGAAACUGUUUUGUAUCUUAAAGAUUGUGAGAUAAUAAAUUAUUUUCUAUUACUCUG